AAGGGAGAAAGCCCAAUGGGCCUUAUAUUUAGGUGCCAAAUUAACACCGCCGAAGUCUUCUCACGAGACCAGCACGUGAGCGCGAAGAUUGACACAGGUUACAGAUUCCGGUAUAGAGAAGCAACGGGAGAGAAGAAGAAGAUGGAGGGAAGAGUACUGAAAGACGCGACGGCGGAAGAAAUUGCGGCGAGGCUUUCCUCAAUCGACGACCUCUACUUCCCACGCGCCGUCCAAUCAACCGCUGCAUCUUCCGACCAACGUAAAUCCAUCCUCCUAGACCUUCUCCGUCGUGAUCCCGCCGUUUUCCUUGAGCGUUAUGGAACGCAGCUGAGUGUAGACGAAUUGCUAGCGUUUGAUGCUUUGAAACAUGACUACGAGGUUGAUUGGCACUUGAAGAACCUGAGGAAGAAGAUAAGUCCGACCUCAGAGGAGCUGAAAUCGAGGUCCGUAGCUGUGAGGAAUAGGAGACUGGCCUACUUGAACAAGCUUGUAUCAGAAGGACAGUAUUUCUCUGAGGACGCUAUGAGAGACAGAGAGCCGUAUCUACACCACGAGUAUGUCGGGAAGUUUCAGGAUUCGAUGAGUAGGAACAUGGCUAGGCCUGGAGAACGUUGGUCAGAGACGUUGAUGAGACGGGCAGAGGAGGCUGCGUUGGUUUCUAGGAUUAGAGAAGAGCAGCAGAGGUUAGGUGUUGCUGAGUGUGAUUGGGUUGGUAAUGAGAAGAUGGAGGAGUCAGAAGAGGAAUCAGAACAAGAAGAAGUGGAAACAGAAGAUGAAGAAGAAGGGGAGGAAAAGCAGACAGGAGCUAGCUCAAGCCUUGCAGAGGCUGGUAGAGCAGAGAACAAGCAGGGAACAGGUUUACCGCCGGAGGAGAUGCAAGAGAUGAUGGAUCAGUUCACAUCAAUCAUGCAGCAGAAGUUCUUAUCAGGAGAAGAUCAUGAGCAUUUGGAUUACACAAAGAUAGACAAUGACGAGAAUCUUGAUGAUCAUUGGCUUCGUGAGGUUGGCCUUGACGCUGAAGAGAAGUACUUUGGUGAUGACUAAUGGACACCUGCUCUUUGUAAGAUGUGAUCUCUCCUCACUCUUUCUUUAUCGAAGAAAAUACUGAUUGUUGGUAUUAGAUAGCGACAGUAUCAGUAUCUUAUGAUAAAGAGAGUGAUUUCAUCUUUGGUAGGCAAGGUUAGGAAAAAGUCCAAACACCAAAAAAAAUAACAUUUGCGUGUGUGGUUUUGGUUGAGAGUCUUCAAAUCUCCCUAUGUAUAUUCUUUACUGGUUUUUUUUUCGAUGGUGGAGAAGUAUUUUGUUUGAAUUGAGUGUGUGUUUUAGUCAAUGUGAAGAUGCAGGCUUGAGAUUCCCAUGAAAAUAAAUGUAAUAAAAAGUUGGUAGUGUUUUUGUUCA